GGGGACGGGGACGGGGACGUGCCCCGGUGCGGCGGGCGCGGGGUGCUCGGAGCGCGGCCGCCUCGGCCCGGCCCCGCGUCCCUCCGCGCUGACCGAAUUCCUUUUUUUUUUUCUUCUUCUUUUUUUUUUUUUUUUUGAAGUGUGACUGAAACAAAACAAAGCAAAAGGGACGCUGGAUCUAUCAUUGGUUGCUUUUCCUCCUCUUUUUUUUAUGAUCCCAAACACCCCCCUCCAGAGCAAACAAACACACACAAAGCAGAGCAGGGGCCGGCCGGCAGCAGCAUGGAUGUCUUGGCCAGUUAUAGUAUAUUCCAGGAACUGCAGCUUGUCCACGACACCGGCUACUUCUCAGCUUUGCCAUCCUUGGAGGAGAACUGGCAGCAGACAUGCCUCGAGUUGGAGCGAUACCUUCAGACUGAACCGCGGAAGAUCUCUGAGAGCUUCGGUGAGGACUUGGACUGCUUCCUUCAUGCCUCCUCAGCUCCAGAUGCAGAGGACAGUAUCCGACGGCUGGACCCCAUCCUUUUGCCAGUGGAGACGAGUAUGUGCGACAAAGGCGCCAACAUGGACAUUAUCCUCUCACGGGACAAGCUGCUGUCUGAGACGUGCCUCAGCCUGCAGUCCACCAGCUCUUCCACAGAAAGCUACACGGCCGUCAACCAGGCCCAACUCAAUGCAGUAACCUCAUUAACACCCCCUUCCUCUCCGGAGCUCAGCCGCCACCUCGUAAAAACCUCACAGACUCUCUCGGCGGUGGAUGGCACAGUGACUUUGAAAUUGGUGGCCAAGAAAUCUUCCCUCGGCUCCAUGAAAGUGAGUGUAGCGGCAGCAACCGCGGGGACGAUAAAGAGCGGGCAAAGUGACAGUGAACAAGGAGGACCGGGACUGGAAGCAUCUCCAGAAAACAAGAAGAGGGUUCACCGCUGUCAGUUUAAUGGGUGCCGGAAGGUUUAUACAAAGAGCUCCCACUUAAAGGCUCACCAGAGGACUCACACAGGUGAGAAGCCUUACAAGUGCUCGUGGGAAGGGUGCGAGUGGCGUUUUGCACGGAGCGACGAGCUCACAAGGCAUUACAGAAAGCACACGGGUGCAAAGCCCUUUAAAUGCAACCAUUGUGACAGGUGUUUUUCCAGGUCUGAUCACCUUGCCCUCCACAUGAAGAGGCACAUCUAAGUAUCGGUCAGCUUGGCAUGGAUGACAUCUGAGCUAAGUGUUGUGAGAUGGAAGUGGAACUCAAGUUCUAAUGUGCUGCCUUGCAGGAGAAGAGAACUCGAUCACAUGUAACCCUCUGUACAGAGACCACACACUCACACUGUCAUACACCCAGUUAUACUUCAAUACAUCCAUUGGUUCUUUAUGCCUUGCCCCAGCUGGAUGGGAGAAGAUGCAGGCGAGGAAAUGCUAUAGAGGUGAAGUCAAUGAGAAGGAACAAUUGCUUACAGUACUUCGUCUCUCUUGGAUUUGUUUCCUGGGUUUGCCAAUGGAAAACAAAGGAAAUGGAGGAGGCUUCCCUGCAGGUGGACGGCAGUAGGAGGGGCUUAUUUAACUUGCUUCUCAGUGCAACUCAAUAGGAGAAAAUGUCGUCUUGAAGUUGCAUAUUUGUAGCACUAACUUUCUUUUUAAAUAGAUGGGGGGAAAACAAUGACCUAGAAAACCAAAUCCCAGUUUGGUAGCCAAAUUAACCUCGUGGUUCAUUUGUUCUUUGUCUGAAGAUUCCUAAUGUUCAACGCGUCAGACUUUUCACAGACACUUUGACCUGUCUUGGUUUUGGUUCUUCUUCCUAGAACUGAGCUGUUGAGAUCCUUUUAAGUCAAUACCAGUGGCCUUAAUGGCAGUAGACUGUGGAGUGACACUUGUUACACAAAUAUCCUCUCUUUGGCCUGAGUUUAUGUAGACUUCACAGAGGACUAUAUAUUUUUUUUUUGGUUGUUUUUGUUUUAAUUUUUGUUUUGGCUAUUGCACAACAUAUGCACUAGGGACUCUGGAAGCUGCUGCCAUGAUGGCUAAGUGGCCAAGGGAUAAACCCUGAGAAACAGCACCUAAUAUCUCUGUAGGCCUCACCUUAUUGCCAUAGCUAGGACUUCUUGUUUAUUUGUUGAAUGAAAACUUUAAAAGCUUAUUUGGAAGCUUAAACCUUUUUUUCUCUUUUCUCUACGAACAAGUGAUCUUCAGAACUCCUUGUCUUCACCUGGAUAUCGGUCUGGGACUGGCCACACAGGCAUGACUACAGGAUUCCUUCCACAUCAUGUGAGCAUGUUAGCCACAACUCACAGUGACUUAGUGGUGAAUUAUGUUGCUUUUUCUCGCAAUUUUUCUAAUAACCAAUUUAAAACAUUAGACUUUUGUUUGGGUAAAGAGCACCUGCAGACAUUUUAAUUUAAACUUGCUGUUUUUCGAACAUCUUACACACACACACACACACACACACACAAACAAGCCAAAAAUCCUGCUCCAGUCUCUGAGUGGGAAAUAGAGAACUUCUUCCAAGUACAAUGGCUUCAUUCAGCAUUAGCCUUUUAAAGAAAUUACAAAAGUCCUCCUUUUCCAUUCAUCACGUUGAUGCUGUAGCCUGCUCCUAUGUGUAACAGUGUGAACAGUGAAGGAAGGGUUGGGUUUUAUGUACAGCAAUGAGACUUUUCUGAAUGAUUGUUCUAAAGUGCUAAUAACCUUGAGGCCCAUUUUGGCCUACUGUGUGAACCAUCAAGGGAAAGUGAAGGUCUCAUGCUCACCCUUCAGUCCUAUUGAUAAUUUGAUUUUGUUGGGCACAAUGUGGAUUAAAGUCUUCAUUGAAAAAAAAAAAAAAAGCAUCUUACAGUAACUCAUGUUUGAAACUAUUUGGCACUGGCCCUGACUCCAAAGACUGCAUUUAGGACCAUAAAGAUGGCUUGUGCAAGCAGGCAUGUGGUCAUUAGAUUGUAUACUUUGUAUGUUCUGGGACCAUCUCUUCAAGAUGUGUCUAGAAAUUAAACAAAAUGGUGCAUGGUCCACAAAUGGUUGCUGCUCUUUUAUACUGUAUUAGCCAGCUGCCCUUCUUUGACUGUUUUGACACAUUGACUGUUAAAUAUUUCCCUUAAUUCAUGUUUUAGGAGUUGAAACUGUACUCUUGGGGAAAAAGAACAAACAAGAAACUCAAUAGAUGUUUAAGAGCUGUCACCGGGAUCCUCGGCACUUGAAUUCUCAGAAUUUUGCAACCUUUGGUUCCAGUGAGAGAUUGAAUUUACUCAAAAGAUGCUGGUUUUCCUCACAGUUUUUGCAAAGCACUGUGACUGUCAACUGAACACUUUUGGGACAGGAAGGAAUUACAGUGUCUGGCCCAUAUGGCAUGAGAUAUGGACCAAAAUCUAACCAUCUUUUAGGGGCAAUGAUGUAACAUUCAUGAUAAGAGAGGGAGAGAGCAAGAACGAGUGUGAGGAAAAGAAAGGUAGAAGGAGAGAAAGAAAGAAAAUUAAGUUUAUUCCAAAGAUUUAAAACUAACCAUGCUAUAUAUACAUAUGUGGAGCACUGCUUGCUGACAAUCUUGUAUUUCUCUGCUUCUGUGUUUGCAUACUUUUUAUGACCAUUCCAUCCAGCUGUUCUACUGGGACUGAGGGCCCUAGAAUCCAAUUUGUAUUGGAAUAUAUGGAGCAUCCUGCCAGAUGUCUAAUGGAAACUGAAACCUCAGCUGUGUGAAACUGUAGAACAUCCAGUCAGUGCAUUAAAUUAGAAAACGGUUAACAGAAUCCUAGAAUUUCAUUACUGUAGCAUCCUAAAGUAUGUGCUCUCAGACUCACUGCUGUGGUACUCUCUGGCUGUGAACCUGCAUAAAUAUCCUUCCUUGACCUCUGGACACACCUGCCUUUAGACAUGCUAACAGUAGUCUACAAAUCAUAGUUAUUAAGUGUCAGUUUAAGUACCAGUAAUUCCAGUUUUCAUUUGUGGUCUUGUUGAUGUCUCAUUUAAAUAUGGCAGAAUAAGGGCCCUUUGGAAAACAACAACAACACGCUGAAAUACCUGAUUAUUUUGUUCUGGAGACAGGCUUACAUUUAAAUCCUGGGUCUAUCUGGCUAUAAAAACACAGAAGAAAAGAGGAUAAGAGACUUAACCAGAUUUUAGACUUAACAGGCUCUUUCUGUUGCAGGUCUUGAACUCUGAAGCCAAAUUUUGGGCUUUGGAACCAUCUUUUCUGUUUCUUAAGGGAGGUAUUUUUCGCUUGUAUGUGUUGUGUACUCUCAGUCUCUGCACUUCAGUUUUUGGGUUCUCAUUUGCAAGUCUCUUAAUCAUUACUAAAAUUUCAAACCUUAGCUUGUAUUUUGUAGGGGUCUCCAUUUUGGAAAGGCACAUUCCAAGAGUCAUUUUUUACAAUGACAACUUUUCUUUCCUUGCAGAUAUUUCAAGCUGUGCACUUCAAACCUGAGUAAUGCGCUAUAGCUAGAUCAUUUUUGGGCCUGUAUCUUCUUGCUGAAGUUGUACAGAUAUCCUCUAUUUAUAAAUUAUGACUAGAAAUCGGCUAAUAAGGAAAGGCAAAUCCGUUCUGUAAGUCUUCUUCGGAAGCAAAACCAUAAAUAGAUGAUUUGGUAACAGCUGAGAACGAAGUUAUCAAGCUCUAGAGAGAAGAAGCUUACGCUUAUUUCCUUCAUGCUAGAUUUAUGCCAGUUUGCAGAACAGCAGCCAGGUAUUUCUGGCUUUUCUGAAGAAAUUCAAAUGUGGUUUCCAAGGACAUGGAGCUGUAGAAUGAGAACAGAUUGAGACAAAUAUCACAGAAAAUAGCAUGCAUGGAGGAAAUAUCACUUUUUGUGAAUAGUAAACAGUAUUUUGGAGCAGAGCAUAGAAUCAAUCAUAGGAGAAUGCAGGUGGGAGGGGAGCUCCAGAGGCCAUCUCAGCCUACCUUUAACUAGAGCUGGGUGCUCAGGGCUGUGUCCAGUCAAUUUUUCAACACUACCAAGGAUGGAAAUUCUGCAGCUAUUCUGUAUAAGCUGGUCUGGUAUUUGACCGCUUAACUGGUUAAAAAAAAAAAAAAAACAACAAAAAACACACGAAAGAUAAAUCUGUAUGUCAAGUAGGGAUUUUCCAUGUUUCCAGCUUGUUUGCUGCCUCUUCCGCUGUGCAUCGAUAUGAACAGUCUGGCUUCAUUUUCUCCACCAUCUCUGUAAGGUGUUUGUAGACAGCAAUAAAAUCUACCCUUUUCUCUUCCUAAGAUUUAACUGUGUUCUACAGCCUCUGUUCAACAGUCGUGCUCUGGCUCCUGAUGUCCUUGGUGGAGCUCUGCUAGACUUGCUUCAGUAUGUCAAUAAUUUUCUUGUGAGAGGAGACCAAAACUGGACAGAAUAUUCUGGAUGAAGAUGUGCUUUAUAUGUAGCAGUGUUGAAAAAUCAUUUAGAAAGUACCGGUAUCGAGAUUUUUCUAAUCAGAUUUAUUGAAUUUAUAAAUUAUGUUUAUGGAAAUACAUUUUUUAUGCUGCCAGGCAUAUGCAGGCCUGGCAAACAAAAAUCUGUCUUUUCUAACACAAUCAUCACUUUUUUUACCUUAAACUGGAAAAACGUUAUCACUCAUAUCAAACAUGGAGACACGUAUUUUAGUCACUUUUUAGAACAAAACAACACUUCAGUGCAUCUUUGCUCUGCUGUUUUUUCCCCCUUAGGAGAAAAGCAACCUAAAACAUCAUGGGUAUUUUAUAAAGAGUAGCUUAGCAGGUUUCCAGAAUCAAUUUUUCGUUGUCUUAUCUCUUUCAAGAACUUAUCUCUUUCAAGAGCCAGUACUCAGUCUAGAAAAUUAUUUCACCUGGCUAGACUAGGCAAAGGAACAAAAGAAAUCUUAUUUCCAGGACUGAAAUCCCACAUUUAUUCAGUGUCUUGGACAAGGCCCUGAGCAGUCUGAUUUAACUGAAUUGUUUUUGAAGCUGAGGGUAGGAUUAAGUAACCUCCAGAGGUACCUUCCAACAUUAGUGUUUCUGUGAUUGAUAUCAGAGCUCUCUGAUUAAAUGUGUACUGGUUCUAGUUCUUCCCAGUCUUGCUCUGGCAGAGCAGACUGUAGAAUGGCCCUGUAGGAUUUUUCUCAAACUCUGAUAGUUUCACCCUUAAUACCUUUUACGUUUCUUCAUGAGGAAGAUGGAGAAAAUGUUGAAGCAGCAGCAAAAAUUAAAAAGAACUUUGCAAAGCAGUUUGAAGGAUUAUCUUAUCAUGAGAUGCGUCACAGCUGCAGGGACCAACCAAAGAUUGUGAAAACAGGUUUGCUAGCCUGGAAGACCCAUGUUAACUCUCCAAAAUGGUUCCCAGUACCUGAAAUCUAAGCUGACUUAUGUUUCUAUAGAAGCGAAUCAUAAAACCUUUUCUUCCUUUUCCAUUCUUAUUUGCCUCAGAUAUUUUAGAUUUGGGUUUACUGUAUUAUUAAAAUGGCACAUUUUCACUUAAUACCCAGAAAACACUAACCAAACACAGAUCAGACAGAAGAACCUAAAUGCAAGAAGAGCCUCUGACCCCUUGAUUUUUGGAACUGCUUUACCUUCAGGUCUGGCAAGGAUAAUCAGAAAGAUUGUGGCUAGAGUGGCAUUGAAUAAUUGCAGUGAUCGAGUGCAUUUUAUCUGUGACCUUUUUGAUAUUUACAGAAUCGGGCUUUCAUCUUCAUUUUACCUGGCUUUAGACAAUUUAGGCUUUUUUAGCCGUCUCUAACACAAAGGUUGUUCCUCCUGUUUAACAUACUUCAUUUGUCUGUGUACAGAAGAGGUCAUAAUUGGUGCUUUUGACAAAAGUGACGAAAAUCCAACUAUGUUAAGGGUUUCCCUUUACUCUCUCUUGCCUUUAAGGUGUCAAAAUCUUUACAUUAAAAAAAAAAAAAAAAAAUAGAGGAUCAUCUUUACAUAAUUUAAUGUUACCUGGCUAGCAUCUAGUUAAUCAAGGGCUUUUAUUCUUGAUUUUAUUCAGGACUUAGCACAUCUAGACUUUCCAUCCAGCAAGACUGUUUUUAAGCUUUUGUAUUUCUAGGUGACACCUUUAACCCAACACUCUUUUGAAGUACUCUUGCUGAUUUCAGAUAGAGUUGCACUUGCAAAGGUCAUCACAUAUCAAGAACAAAAACAGUGCUUGAAUAACUCUGUGGAUUUGGCUUGAAAAAUAAAAAUUAUUUCCUCCCAAGAUUUUACAGAUGCUCAUAGACAAAUCUUGCCUGUCUUUCAUGCACAUAAAGUUCACACCUUAUUGACUGAUUAUUUCCAGAUCAAGCCUGGAUACUUUUCUUUCUUGUGUCGCAUUUGCAUCUGUUUUUAUUGGUAGUUUAGAGACGAUUACUUCAGUCUUCCUCCUCCACAGAUCUACACUGGCUUCAACAGCAAGAUUCAGCAGCGCAAGAACUGAAUGGUCGGGCCUACUGGGUACUAAGAUCUGUCUCAUAAAGCUGAGACUUUCCUCCUCCCUUAGAGGAAGAGGUCCAAGACAUACUUGUACUAUAUAAGUUAUAUAUAUAAUGAUGUAGUUGUAUAUAUAAGUUAUAUAUAUAAAAAUGUGGAGAUGGUGGGGUAGGCUGCCUUUAUCACCUCAAAAAUGAGUUCCCCUACCAGAAAACUUUCAAAUGCAGGUGUCAUUUUCAAACAGGGUUUUAUAGUUUUCCUUAAUGCUUGUUAAUGGUAUUUUUGGUGUGGUAAUUGAAGUGGAAACUCUUCACAAUUUUCCAAAUGAAAGCUUUGAUGAUUUUUUUUUAAGUGCUUUGGUCCUGACUGCUAUAUACUGCCAGAAAACAGGUUCUACGCCCUGUCUCUGUGUGAGUGUGGCAGUACAACAGUCUACUGUAUAUACCUACACAGAAGAGGAAACUGAGCUACUGACUUACAGUGUGUAGUAGCCAACCGUGCCUAUUGCUUUGAUUUAGGGAGGGCACUUACUGUUGCCACUGCAUUUUAGGAAUCAUUUCAGCUUUUGUAGGAAAGUUUUCAACAAUCUGGGGAAAUACAUGUUGCUGUGUACUGUGAAUGGAUAGGCUGCAAACUGGGGGUUGGGAGGGGAGGUAGGAAGGGAGGGAGAUGUGGGCUUAGCAUGUACACACUGAAAAUGAACUAGAAUGGACAGAAAGGUGACAAUUUUAGCCUUUAUUAUUGGGCUCUUGGGGAAAUAAAAAAUCUAACUUGCAGUCCCUGAAAGGCCUGUUGGCUGAAGGGUUGAUCUUUAUAUUUUGGAACAUGCAUUCUUCCCAUCUCUCUGUAUUUUAAAAACCAGGCCUGUCGGAUUCUGGAAGUAGAUCAAAACGCUGGUUUGCACACUACUUUGUUACCAAGGCCGUGUCUCUACCAGGGAAGUUGCUCUAUACUGAAACAGCAGUCUAGUUAAGAUCACUUUGUAGAUACACCCAGUACUCGUUUGCCUAGACUGUGUUUGCAUUGGCAUCCUAUGCAGUUAAGAUAAAGUGUAAGAAACGGUUAAACCAGUUAAGAUACAAGAAGGUUCUUGCACCAAUUUGAGUGUAUGGUUUUGUAGUUGCUGCAUAUAAACCAUGACAGCUUUUCUCUUAGAAACAAGGCCUUAGUUUAGCAUGUCUGCUCAUCUGAAUUGGAAAAAUAAUAAUGCAGGCUGUGAAUUUUUUUUAUUGCUUUGCAAAAUGACCUGUUUUUUUACUUAUCCUUUAAAGCCUUUCUUUCUCUCUACUUCACAUUAGAUUUUUGUUUGGGGGAUUUUUUUUUUAGCAACAACAAUAAAAAGUAUGAACGCUCCUGAUUUUAAAAAAAAGUAUAUAUAUAUAUAUUGCUUGAAGGACUUUCAUUUUGCACUAUAUUUUUUCUUUUACCAGAUGUGUCUGACAAGUGCAUUUUGGAGAUGCCCUCGGUCACGUUCUCUCAGGCCUCUCUGGUAUUUCUAAUAUAUCACAGAAGUACCCAAUCUUGUAGCCCUCAGUUCUGCCUUUUUUUGACAUUUUAUUUUUUUUAGGCUUUUUAUAUAUAUAUAUAUAUAAAUAUAUUACUUUGUCAGUUUUUUUGCUGUACAAAAGUCUUAAGAUUUAAAAAUAUUAUUUGUAUUAUAUGAUGGUGGUAUGUUAAUGUUACAAAAUUAUUAAUGAAGAAAAAAUUUAUUUUUGUUACUGGUCUGUUUCAUAAUUCUUUUUUAAAUUGGUAUAUUGUAAGAUAUCUAUGCAAAAAUGUUAUGUGACGCAUUUUUAUUUAAGAAUGUAAUAUGUGUAAUAAACAGUAGAAUGUGUUUGGCCCGACAA